GGGUGGGGUGGAACGGCAAACCCGAGCCCAGGAGGAGUCCUUUGGCGUGAAGCAGAGGAGCUGCCCGACCGCUCUGCUCUCCAGCCUGGCCGUAGCCUUCGCCCAGGUCGGGAGUUUGGAAGGGUCGACCCCUUUGGACGUGCUGUUCGUGCCCAGCGGGUUUCCUUCCAGUCGUCCUUCACACCUGCGGCCAUCAGAUGGCAGGAAGAACCACGUCCCCCGAAUCCACAACGGAUCCGACUUCCCAGGUGGUUUGGGGUUGUUUUUUUUCCUGUGUUUGCAGAGGAACCUGUUGGAGGAAGAUUCGGAUGAAGAGGAAGACUUUUUCUUGAGAGGGCCUUCCGGACCAAGAUUUGGACCCAGGAACGACAAGAUCAGGCAUGUUCAGAACCAGGUGGACGAAGUCAUUGACGUUAUGCAGGAGAACAUCACCAAGGUGAUAGAAAGAGGCGAGCGGCUGGAUGACCUGCAGGAUAAAUCAGAAAGCUUAUCAGACAACGCAACGGCUUUUAGCAACAGAGCCAAGCAGCUGCGGAGACAGAUGUGGUGGCGAGGCUGCAAGGUGAAGGCGAUCAUAGCGCUGGUGGCAGUCAUUCUCCUGCUUGUCAUCAUCGUACCUGUCGUCCUGAAGUACCAUACCUGA